ACCUAGCUAUAAGAAGCGGGCCAUUUUGCUCAACAUUGUGCUACCUCAUCAGCAGCACCAUUACCAUCCUCAAUUCCUUUCCAAUAAUUUACUUUUGGUGUAAAUUUUCCAUCAAUUCACCAUGCUAGAAGGCAAAGCAGUGAUUGGUGAAACUGACAUGCUCCAAACCAUGCAGCAGGAUGCUCUGCAUUUAGCAUCCAAAGCACUCGAUUCCUUCGAUGUCACCGAAGCAAUUGAGAUAGCCCAAUUUAUCAAGAAGGAAUUUGAUAGGACGCAUGGACCUGGUUGGCAAUGCAUUGUAGGCACUGAUUUUGGUUCAUACGUGACUCACUGUUAUGGCUGCUUUAUCUACUUCUGCAUAGGCACCUUGGCCAUUUUGCUCUUCAAGGGUUCUGCUGUACCAGAGGCACACGAAAAUUAGUUUUCAGCACUAGAGGCAGCAGCUAAAGCAUAUCAAAGUUCAUAUCCUGCUAAAUAGCUAUAUAUAUAUAUAUGUGUGUGUGUGUGUGUGUUACUUUUUUUAGUGUAAGGUCCAAUAAAUGGAGGCAAUUUUAGAUUGUCUUGUUAA